GACAGUUCUGACUGUCAGAGCAACAGACACACAAUGGCUCAACUCCCUUGGAUUCAAGGCUUUUUAUUCCUCAUCCUGCAGCUCACAGCUGUGGUGUGAAGCAUCGCGGCUUUCAUGACGAAGUUAAAACCUGAAUAACUACAGGAAGUAAAAACAUAGAAGUUUAAGAGCUCAAGUUGUCACUGAGGUUCAGGAAGCAGAGAGACGAUGAAGCAGAGAGGAGCCAUGGAGGAUCCUAUGUGGAGGAAAAUGUUUCUGUUUUUCAUCCUGCAGUUUACAGGAGCUCAGAGCAGAAAUCUGUUUCUCUCCUACACUGUCAGAGCUGGAGAUGACGUCACUUUGUCCUGUGAAAAUGUGAUCGAUGGUCACAGUAACUGUUAUACAACAUCCUGGAUCUACAGUAAAACAGGUCGAACUGUAGAGUUAGUUUAUCAUGGGCAGGUUAAGGAUACCAGAUCAGACAGACUGAGUGUUUCUGCAAACUGUUCUCUGGUUGUAAAGAACGUCACAGAUGAGGAUGUUGGUCGAUACAUCUGCAGACAGUUUAAGAAACAAGGAGGAAGUCAAUCAGGUUCAGAUGCUUUAGUUCGUCUUUCUCUCGUUCACUUGACAGAAUAUGAGUACCAGAACAAGAUGACAUUAAUCUGCUCUGUGGUGACAGAAGAACCAUGUAAACACUCAGUGAAGUGGUUGUUUAAGAAUAACUCUAUAGAUAAAAACAACAAUGAAAUAACAGAAUCAUCAUCUUUCUGCUCUGCUGCCGUCACCUUCCAGACGUCUCAUUACAUUAACCCGUCAAGAUUUAACACGUUCAAGUGUGAAGUAAAGACAGAAAAUAAAGUUCAGGUUUUUACCUUCAGCUCUCGUCCAUCGGAGAAAGACAAAACAACAACCACAUCAGCAGUUACAACUGUACCAGACAAAAGACAAAAUGCUGAGGAAACCACAGUAACAACUGAACCAGAUGAAACAUCAACCAUAAGAACUACAAACACUUCAGGUGCUCCAGAUGUGAAACAAAGUUUCCUGUGGUUGUACAUCACUCUACCUCUGCUUCUAGUGGCCUUGAUAACAACUCUGUUCAUCCUGUUAAAGAAAGCAAGAGGCCACAAAGCUGAACAAAUUUCCAAUGACGUUGAUCCAGAAAAUGGAGUCUCCUACGCCUCCAUCAGCUACACCAAGAAGUCCAACAGCAGCAGGGCUAAAGGUGAUGAUGAAGGUGAAGCUGUGACCUACAGCACGGUGAAAUCUCCCGCCGUGGAUCCCAGCAGCCUCUAUGCUUCCAUCAAAUCGCCAAACUAACAGUCUGAGGUUCCAGGAAGGAGAUAAAUGUUAGAUUUGCUGUUACAAGUGUGCAUUGUUAAGAGAAAUGCCUCAUUAUUAAUAUAGAUAAAUGCAUAAAAGAAUGAAAAUAAUGUAUAUUGCACUUGUUUAGCAGUGCUAUGGUUAAUUACUAUAACUUAUUAACCAGGCUUUGCAAUGUUUGUCUUUUGCUUUAAAUUCCAAUUUCCAACUGAAAACCAAGAAUUUUAUUUUGCAGGCUCAGCAUUUGAUAUUUAAUUUUUUCUUUUUUAUCUGAGUAUUUAUCUGAGACUGAAAAAGUGGAUGUGAUAUAAUUAGUAUUUUAGUAUCGUAAAUGACUCCGUCCAGCAGAGUAUCUGAGAUAUGGAACUGUAAAAGUCAUUACAGCCAUCUUCAGCGGGAGAGUCUGAAGCUGGAUGAAAAAGGAGAACAGCUCUCUAACCCUCAAGUUUUGUUUUCUUGUAGUCAUAUUUCUUAAAAUAAACCACCAACUUAGAGAAGUAGAUGUGUGAGAACAACAAAGGGACAUUUUGAGAGCUAAAGUUUGCACAGGACCUCAUUUGAAAUUAUUCAAUCAUUUACUGAUGAUCCUUAUACAGGCCUGAUGAUUGUUAUGAAUAUUAGAAAAGUCCUUUUAUUUUCUGCUAGGAUAAUUACAGGUUUCCAAAUAAUAAAGCUCAAUUAUUACAUCGUGUUUGUGUGAUGCCACCUGCUGGUGAAAUGUGAAUAAAGUUUAUACUGUAUGUGAAGGGGUAUUAAUGGCUUUGGAUUUACAUUAUAUACUGUUUUUGUCCAUAAAAUUCAAGAGGAAAUUCAGCUCUCCAUUUUUAUGUUAUUUGCAUAUAUGUUUAAUAAAGAAGACAACAAAA